UACAGAAUUUUACAAAAUUACACUACUUAUCGAAUAGAUACUUUGGUAGUUAUAUACUCUCAUAAGAGUUCUCUUAUCGGAAGAAACAAAACUCUAUUAUGAACGAAUUCCAUAAACAAUUGAAGAAUUCAAUAAGGUGAUUAAAAAAUUGAAACGUGUAUAAAACUUACAUUUUCUACAAGUGAUACCAAAGCUUCUUCCGUUGGUAUUUUCGUCAUUGCUCCCAGUUAGUCAUCUUAACAUUCCUAAAAAAAUAUGAUAUACAAUAUUAUGUUGUUUGUUUUAAAAUGACAACAAAAUGAUGACAUUAGUAUAGUUAAUAUAAUAGACACUCGUUCUUCUAUUACAUAAUAUAGAAGAUCGUAAGAUUUUUUAUUUUAUACCAAUUCUGGAUAUUAUAUUCGUCCCAUAAAGAAAUUUCUUCGACAACAUUAACUUUCAGUAAUAAUUGUAAUUAUUGAUGAAUUAUUACCACCCCGAAAUUAAAUUUUUUUAUUUGCAAAUUUUGAUGCACAUCCAUAAAGGGGAAAUAGUAUGGAUUAACAACGUUGCAAAAACGCGAACAUCCCCAGUUUUCCUUUCAUUUCCACGAAUGUUGGAAGUAGUUAUGAGUAAUUACAGAAGAAUACUCGUAAUAGCCAAAAUUAGACGCAAAGUUGAGAAAGACAUUCAACUAUAUAUUCACGAAUAAUUGAUAUCAUAAUCAGCAUUCUGACUGAGCAAGGCGACAUGCGCUGAGAAAAACGUCGAGAUAGUUUUUUAUCGUGAGAACAGGUGGUUCAUUUACGAGAAAAGAGGCUCCUAUGGAUAUCCAACGAGAUAGAGAUAUAGAUUUAAACUAUGUGUACGGUUGGAACUACAAUAUGCUGAGGUUUAUUGGUAUUUGGCCGGAAGAGAGGAAAUGGAAUCGAUCUUCCAGUUACUUCGUUCUGUUGCCGUGUAUCGUGAUGGUGUGCUUCAUUUGUGCUCCACAAACCAUUAAUCUUCCGAUAAUCGCGGGUGACUCUGAUCUGGUGAUCGAGAAUCUAUCGACUAACAUUACUAUCACGAUUUCGCUUAUGAAGACUAUGGCUGUUUGGAUCAAAGGCAAACCAUUGAAGUCUUUGCUGAGAUGCAUGGCCAAUGACUGGGAUACAGUGACGAACAAUGCCGACCGAGAAAAAAUGGUGAACAUCGCGAAUAUCACUAAAAAGAUUACGAUAAGAAGCAUACUGCUGGCCAACAUCGUAGUUGUAGCUUUUUUGCCUGCACGAUUGUCUAGCAUGAUAUACAACGACAAAGAACUGUUUUACCGUGGUUAUUACCCCUACAAUACUACAAUCAGUCCAAAUUUCGAAUUGACACUAAUCGGUCAGUUGAUGGCUGCUCUUUAUACAGCCAUAACCUAUACAACGGUAGAUACAUUUGUCGUCCUGUUGAUUUUUCACGUUUGUGGACAACUUUCGAUACUGAGAGACGAUAUUAGGAAAAUUCAUUCGUAUGAUAACAAAAAUGUAGAACUAAAAUUACAGAAGAUCGUCCAAAAGCAUGUAUAUAUUAAUAGGUUUGUAUUAGAAAAAAUCGUUUUUUGUUGACUAUCGCAAGAAAGAUUGAAGAAGCACAG